AUGAAGUCGGUACUUUUGAUUGGUGGGUCAGGAUUUUUAGGACUGCAUCUCGUUGACAAGUUCUACAACUUGUCACCACGCCCUGAGAUUCAUGUUUUCGAUGUUAGACCUCUUCCGGAAAAAUUGUCCAAGGCAUUUACUUUUGAUCCGAAAAGCAUUAAGGUCCACGUCGGCGACCUAACGUCGGAAAAUGAUGUGAGGGAGGCCCUUCGCUCGAGCAACGCCGAUGUAGUGGUACACUCAGCUUCUCCAAUGCACGGAUGCAGUCAGGAAGUUUAUGAUAAAGUCAAUGUGGAAGGAACUAAAAAUCUUUUAAGGGUGGCUAAAAGCAUGAGUGUCAGAGCUUUCGUGUAUACAUCAUCGGCAGGUGUUAUAUUUAACGGCCAAGACAUUCAUAAUGCUGACGAAUCAUGGCCCAUUCCCGAAGUUCCAAUGGAUGGUUACAAUGAAACUAAGGCCACAGCAGAAGCGAUGGUCCUGCGUGCUAACAGUCCGAAAGAGAGCUUCUUCACUAUAGCCUUGAGACCUGCUGGUAUUUUUGGGCCUGGAGACCGUCAAUUGGUACCAGGUCUGAGAAACGUAGCGAAAAUGGGACAGUCUAAAUUUCAGAUUGGAGACAAUAACAACCUUUUUGACUGGACUUACGUGGGAAAUGUUGCUGAUGCCCAUGUUCUUGCUGCAGAAAAGCUACUGGAUGCUUCCGCAUGCCCCACUGUAGCGGCUCAAUCUUUUUUCAUUACCAACGAUGCCCCAACGUACUUUUGGGCACUAGCCCGGACAGUUUGGAGAGCAGAUGGUCAUGUAGACAAUUAUAACAUUGUCCUGUCUAGGCGUCUAGCAAUCGCUGUUGGUUAUUUGUCCGAAUAUUUCUCCAAGUUGACGGGUAAAGAGCCAGGUCUUACGCCCUUCAGAGUAAAGAUCGUAUGUGCUUACCGCUAUCAUAAUAUCAGCAAAGCAAAAAGACUUUUAGGUUAUAGCCCCAAUGUUGAUAUAGAAGACGGCAUUGCCAAAACGCUUUCUUGGAUGGAUGAGUCGGCUUAG